AAUCACUUCUAUUGCGGAGGUGUGGACUCCAUGUAGCUUCUGCCGUCGGGGAGCGGCUCAGAUAUUUGUGUUAUUAGUGGUAUUCGUAUUAUCUUGACACUUGUAACAAUGUGCCAUUGAGUUAUCGUGUCCGGAGAAGAUAAAGAUAGUUUGCGCUUUAGAAUGGCUCUACCGCAAUGACCAAGAAAGUGUUUCCAUAAGAUGAACUGCAGAAGUCGAAGCAUGUCUGCAGCUGUGGGACACAUAGAUAAUUUAUUUGACUGCUGGCUCUAUUACAAUUUUACACAAUAUAUCUAAGGCCACAAAAUGACCACCGAGGUCCCGUCGGACCUGAACAGUACAAUAGGACAGCAGACACCCCGGUCUGCUUCUGCGGAAGAGCCGAAAAAUGCGCAGCAUGCUCGACCCCCAGUCACACAACUGGAGUUUCGUCAGGCUAUGCGUGACUUCCGGAGCAUGUUCCCGGAGAUGGAGGCUGCAGUCAUCGAAGCUGUGCUGCGUGCUAACGGUGGUGCAGUCGACGCAACAAUCGACCAGCUUCUGACAAUGGCCCAGGAUAACGAUAACGAACGUUUGCGCACUGAGUUAGAGGCCACUGAAAAUGCAGCUCCUCCACCUUCGUAUCAGCAGGCCACUGUGGGUCCCAUACAAAGCAGUGAAAACCCGUCACCCGUUGUGGAUCCUGCGCCCCGUAAAUCUGCCCCUUCCCGCAGCAGCGUUCAGUCAUCGCAGGGCAUGAGCCCUGCCAGAGCGAAUGAAUCAAAGAAGCGCAAUUGGAAGCCAGCCAUUCUUGGACCUCUGCCACCUUCCUUUCUGCGCCUCGAGCAAAACCCCACAUCUCAUUCAUCCCAUGGCCAGCACAGACGUAUCUCAUCAGCAUCAUCCGUAUCCUCCGCAACUUCACGCUCGCAGGGUCGGGUUGAGUCUCUUGGUUCCGAGCAGCAGCAGCAGCAGGUUCAGGGCGUAAGCGUGCUUAGUACGGCAAUGCUGCAACAACGCAUGGAAGAAAAUGAGCGGCAGCGACGUCUAGGAGCUACAGAGGAGUUAGCGCAGUAUCUUGAAGAUGAACGCAUUGCCAUUCUGCUCCAGAACGAAGAAUUUGUCCGAGAACUGCGACGCAAUCAAGAAUUCAUGUCCACACUCGACCGAGAUAUAAAGGAGAGGACCUCAGAAAGAAGUGGCAGCUUAGUACCAGACGAUGCUUCGGAGUAUUCACAUCAAGAUGAUGAUGAUGAUGUACCACAACUACCUAUGGAUGCUUUUCCGUACACACGUUCAACGGGUGAAGGCGGGGAAGAUUCAGAUGCAGCAUUCAAAGAGAGACUUAAGAACAUGGGCAAAGCAUCUCGUCGAAAGUUUGCGCAGCUGGCUCGUCUCUUUUCUCGAACAAAGAAAUGUAAUUUUAGGCAGAUGUUGGGAGACGGUGCCAACCCCUCGAGAGACAACCUUCUACUUCAUGAAGACAACUAUGGGGAACUUUCAGAAGAAGAACAGGAGGGCGAUACUAAGAAGGAAGAGACGUGGAACAGCCACCAUGUUUGCUUUACUAGCACGUCGCCAGCCGGGAUGGUACAUCGCCCAAGAGCGAUCGUUGACCCAACUGUCUAAGUUGCACGCAGCAGCAGCAGCAGCUUGCUCACGUGUCUCCAACAAGAAAUGCUGAGGUGCUGCGAGGUGAUUGACUCGGAUUCAAAGCUCAUUACCACAUCGCUGUACAUAACCUUUGUAGCUCAGCCUCUAAUGUUCCUGAAAAUGCUGUAGCAGCAACCCUCUUUUUAUUUUCGAGAAUCAAAUUUUCGAACAGGAACGAUCGUUCUUUUUAAAGACACAGAGAGGUCUACUUACUGAGAUUUUUUUCAAACGGAGAAGUUUUUUUUAGAAAACGGAUUCAACUGCCACCAGCUGAAUAUCGUGUCAGCAACCGAUAUUUGGGGUUCCGCGCUUUCGGUCUUUAGUUUAGGGCGGAUUCGGUGUAUGUUUUUCUGCGCUUAUUUAUUUUCAGGAAAUCGGCAUCUUUCUGCAAUUUUUCUGCCGUGUACACUGUUUACCCUGAAGUUAUCGGCGAAUAUAAAUUGCAACGUAACUUCGAAAGUACGAAUUUCCGGUACGAAAUUAGCCCCUGUGAGACAUCUCAAAAGGAACACUUUAUUGCUUCACAGCAAAAUGGUGGUACCUAAAUCGUGAAAACAGAGCUUUCUUUUUUUUUUUUUUUUUCCAUGAAAUUUAACUUGUGCAGCUAUUAAUCUCCCUGAUCUUUCCUGGGACAUUCAUUUGUAUUGGGUGUUUUUUUGUCCAAAACCAAAAACUGGGAACCCUGCUAAUAUUGUAACGACAACAGGAACGUGACACGUGCAUGUGCAGAUCUUUUGAGAGCCCUGCAGACAAUACUCAGGUUGCUUUAUUUCAGUGUCAUACUGUGUAGAGUGUUGUAGAUUACAUUGCUCGACAUUAGAAUGUACAACAAUGACAGUUUUUAUCAACUUACACUGCUAUGUAUUUUUGUGGUUCCUAGUCAGUAGUGCUGUACCUUUUAGCAUGCUUGCCUACGUGUGUCAUGACAUAAAACACACGACAUAAAAACAGCUGUAAAAACACACAGUUUUCUUUACAAUUCUGGGAAGCAGUAGAAAAGCUGUAGUUCUGCUUCUGUUCCGCCACAGAUGUGGCACUGUAUCAGCAAGGCUUUCAUCUUCCCGUUGCUCUUCAGGCGAUUUUUUUUUCUUCUUUUUUGUCAGAUCUUGAUAGCCUAUGAUAUGACGGAUUCAUAGGCACCAAAUGUGAUCUUGAUCCGCCACAUGGUCCGCGUGGUUCUGGAUAGUUUGCACAGCAAGAUUCGACUGCGGAUGUUUCAACGCUUGUGCUCAUUUCACGGCUCUCAAUGAGGAUUCCCUCCCAUUCUGCUUUACCCAGAAGCCCCUACUUAAAGAGUUAAUUAAUGAGGUCUAGGUAAUGAGCUGUCUAGUAGCUACGUAUUCUCUUCAAGAGAAUGCUCGUCUAGGCAUAACCCACCUGCAAAAAAUGGUAUCUGUGCUGCUCUCAUAGAUUUUUCCUUUUUUAAAAUCUGGUGCAGCUAAAGAAACCUGUAUAUAUUACACAAAGCCAUACUUGUCUCUGGGGCACGCUGUUUUUUUUUUGUAAUAACAUUUACUAAUGGGGAAUUUUUCUGCGGUGGAGUGGACAUUUACCAUGGGAACAGGUACUCCCGGCACCUCCCCACGAAGAGGCGCGGGCAUCAUUUUCUAUGAUAACACUCAUUUUGUUUGUGGGUGGUGUGGGAAAGAGGGACGGAGUCUCUCUCGAAGCACUGGGUUUUAGGAGUACGAUAACCUCUGAACGCAAGAUCGCAUUAGUGUACGAUGUCGCUUGGCAUUUUUAAGGAGACAAAUCUCACCCACAUCUUCAACCUGAUUCAUCUAAAAAUGGGAUAAUCGUUUCACAAACCCUUUAAUGAUAUUAGUGUCGAAAUGGAACCUAAACUUUUAGUUCUUGUGAUUUUCAUGUGGAUAGCGAGAAAACUCAUGUUUUGAGAAACGCAGCAAAUAAUGCAUUGUUGCCUUAGUUAAUAACACCCUACCUUAGGCUUUUACCCUAAAACAUGGGGCCCUAUGUAUGCACUGUACUAGAACAGUGAGUGCAAGUUAAUUACGAAAAUUGUUGAAAAGUUAUCAAAAUAACUAAUCAUUUCCUGAAGUUUUUUCUGAAGGAUUCUCACCAUUUUUGACUACUCAGUGUACAACAAAAUACUGUCUGUCUAGAGAGUCCCUGUUGUCUGUGGGAGAGGGAAAACUUGGUCAGUCGAUCUUUUAUCCACCCAAAUGAUGGAGUUUACCUUUGUAGCGAGCUUGAUGGAAAAACAUGAUAAUGUGGUCGACUGACAAUUAGCAACUGCUUAAAAUUAUUGUAAAAAUAGUGACUGUUUGACAUUGCAUCAUUAGUAGGAGUCUCCAAAAUUCUCUAGCAAGUUGAGUUUUAGCAAAAACAUCCAAUAUAUACUCGGAGCGGAAAUGUGCUGCAUGCCAUGCCAUGCUCCGCGACACGGGCUGGGUAUUUCAGAGACAGUGCAUCUUUGAUAUGGUAGCAGGUGCCAAACAAAGUCUUUUGUGUGAACAUGCACCUAUCUCUGUACAUUGUGAUGUUUGCACAAUGAAACUAUUAGGUAACUAGACAUGUUACAACAUUCAGGUUCUGUUUCCUCAAGUCUAGCCUAGCAGGGCUACUCAAACUUCCAAAUGGCAGGCGAGCGGUGUCCCUUUAAUUUCAGCUACAUAUUUAUUGAAUUUUCCAGGUACUACUCAGAGGGAGGCAUAGCUAUUUACAAAUGUAUAAAUACUUAUAUCAGAAUGCCGAGUGCCACAUGUUUUGCCCUUGACAAUUUCCCCUCCCCGACUUUUGUCUCCAUUGGUGUGCUUCUUUAAAUGUGUUCGUGUGCUUUUAGUGCAUUGUAAACUGUGUAUAUUAAAUGUAUGCAUCACCUAA